CCGGCUCACGCACGCACGCCAGCCUAGCCCACGCUGCUGCCCUUCUCUCUCCCCGUCCCUUUCCCCCCUCGGCGUCGUCAACCCACCCCACCCGCUACUCGCCGCUCGGCCUCGGCUCCCUCCUUGCCUCGCUGUCUCCACCCCCGCGCCGCCCAGAUCCGGCACGCCGGUGGUGGCCCCCCGCCGCUGGCGCCGGUGCAGGGGUCACCCCAGCCCGAACCCUAGGCGGCCCCGCGCAAGCUUCGCAGAGAUCCGGCGGCGGCGAUGGGGGACUUCAACUUGGCGCUGGUGAUCGUGGCGGUGGUGGUGAGCGUGCUCGUGCUGCUCGUCAGUGUCUACCUGCUCAUCAACUACCAGCACCCCGACGACGCCAACCAGGCCUACUUCCCCAAGUUCGUCGUCGUGCUGGGCCUCACCGUCGCCGUCCUCUCCAUCCUCAUGCUCCCGGCCGACGUCGCCAACCGGCAGGCAUGCAAGAGGGCCAUCUACAGCGGCGCCUGCAGCCUCACGCUCCCUAUGAAGACGCUCUGGCUCGCCGUCUACAUCGCCGAUGCCGUCCUCGUCUUCCUCGUCAUACCCUUCGCGAUGUUCUACUACGAGGGCGACCAGGACAAGUCCGUGGGGAAGAGGCUCAGGAACGCUCUCAUGUGGGUCUUCGCCUACGCGGUGGUCUGCGGCCUCGUCCUCGGCAUCCUAUACGGACUUGUUGGUAAAGUGGACUUCACUGUCAGGCACCUAUCUUCAUCGGUCCAGACAUUUCCAAACUCAUUUUCUUUAUUCUCAAGCGGUCAGCCUUGCAUCAGUCCAUUGACUCGUCAGUGUGCCGCUUCUACUGCACUGGCUAACUCUCUAACUACUUGGACAAUGCGCGCUACCUUCCCUGAAUAUGUAGUGGCUCUUGCUACUAUUGUUGGAUCCGUGCUUUUCACAAUAUUCGGUGGUGUCGGCAUUGCUUGCUUUCCAUUGGGACUCAUAUUCUCUUUUGUCCGGCGUCCAAAAGCUGUCAUUACACGCUCACAAUAUAUAAAGGAAGCAACUGAAUUGGGAAAGAAAGCCAGGGAGUUGAAGAAAGCAGCUGAAGCCCUUCAUCAAGAAGAGAGAAGCGGGAACAAGGGCAGGAAAUGGCGCAAAAACGUGAAGGCUGUGGAGAAGGAAUUAUUACUUCUGGAAGAUGACAUGAAGGCUCUAGAAGAGAUGUACCCUCAAGGAGAACAGGCUGAGGCUACUUGGGCAUUCACAGUACUUGGGUACAUUGGAAAACUUAUAUUCGGUGUUGUUGGGUUAAUUAUAUCAAUAGCUUGGGUUGCGCAUAUCAUCAUAUACUUGUUGAUUGAUCCUCCUCUAUCUUCUUUCCUGAAUGAAGUCUUCAUAAAGUUGGAUGGUGUUUGGGGUCUGCUUGGGACUGCUGCCUUCGCAUUCUUCUGCUUCUAUCUCCUUAUUGCAGUGAUUGCUGGGGAGAUGAUGCUUGGCUUGAAAUUAGUUUUCAUCACCAUUCACCCAAUGAAAUGGGGUGGCACUUUAAUGAACUCUUUCCUGUUUAAUGUUGGGCUCAUUCUACUUUGCUCCAUCAGUGUGAUUCAGUUCUGUGCCACAGCUUUUGCCUAUUAUGCACAAGCAACUGCCGCUCAGGAGAUCUUUGGCCACACAUUGCAAUCUCUCCGUGGAAUUAAGUAUCUUUACAAGUACAAUGUUUUCCAGUAUGGCUUUGUUGCUCUUGCCAUACUCACACUCUUGUACUAUGCGAUAUUUGGAUGGCGUAAGAGGAAGCCAACAGGAAGGUUCCAGCUCGCAAAAUGAUUUGUGGUUUGCUCUGUAAGUGAAGCCUGAUGAAUUCAACAUCAUAUUUGUCCCCAAGUGAUAGUUCAGUUAGCGAUGUAUAUGAUCAACCAAAUCACCUUCUUGAAGAGUUGAGGGAUAGCAACUAGGGAUGCAAAUGGAUACCCAAUGGGUAGUUCCGGGUCAAACUUCAGUUCAUUUGCUCACUCAUCUUAGCAUAGUUCAAAUGAGGGAGUUUUGGGUGGACCCAGUGACCCAGAAAAUGCUUAACUUGCAUCCCUAAUAGCAACCGGUGUAAAUUAGCGACUGAGACCUUGAAGGUGAGAAUGGGGAACUGUUUGUUGCCAUAAACAUGGAUGUUAAAGUAGAACCCAGUUGAUUUUGUAAUGUACAUGUCUCAUUGCGGGUCCUCUUUUUUCUGUCUGUAUUAUUAUUUUAUAAUCGGCUGAUGUUAUUCUUGAAGAUGUUGGAUCCUUUUGAGAUAUGUUUGGUGUGCUUGGGUGCCAGUUUGUCCCAUUUGUUGUUCUUUUCUUGGCUCGAUUUAGGUCAUUUCAUUUCGUUCAUAUGUACCAAACUGUGAUAACAACACAAACUUGUAGUUUGUAUUAAGGAUGUCUUCAUCA